AUUGUUCUAGCUAGGUGAAUAAUGAAAUUAGAAAUGGAACUAACCAAGGAGCUGAUAGAUAGAUAUUGUGAUAGUUAGAUACUCUGGCCUAAAAAGUAGAAACCCUAAAAUUAUGUCUUAAACAAAAAAAGUGGAGAUCUGUGUAUAAAACCAAGCGUCAGUGUGUACCAUAAAAUUUCUAAAAAUUGGAGACUGCAGUUUGAAAAAUGUCUCCAAGAACAUACAAAUAUUCUGUCAAAAUCAGAGAAAUCUUUUGUUAAGAGGGAAAAGAAAAAGUUUUUCAAAAGGAUAUACAAUAGCAUCUAACUAGUUCAUACAUAUUUUCAGCCUUUUUUGCAAGUUUCUGGUUUUGUUUACCUCAUCGCUCUCAGCUUUUAUUUAGAUCGUGUAGACGAGGCUAUUACUAUUCCGAGACAGAUCACAUUGGGCCUAAACUCAUUUUGUGACUUUGUAAUCUCGCAACAAAUUUUGUAAUUUUUGUUGUUGUGUGGUGGUGGAAAUGGAAGACUAGCUUGUGUUAGAUUGAGUACAAAGUUAACAGCUUUGAGAAAGAUGCCGUACAGUUGCUUCCAGUUUCAUAAGAUGCCAAGAAUUGGCCUUGCAACAACGACGAUCGCGCGCCGCGUCGUACAAACUCCAGUGUCCUCGUUAAUUCCUUCUGGGAAAUGGAGUUACAGAACGCUUAUGAGCAACAAAGCUAGCUGUAUAACUAAGAAAUCAAAGUUAAGAAAUGUUAUUUUUUCAAGCAAUGGUAAUAUCAGGCAUUUCAGCGAGAAGGUAGAAGCUAAUGAAUCGCUAAGCUUCAUAGAAAAAGUGAAGAAAUUCUGGAGAGGUCCAACAUUUAAAUACUGGUUCAUCGGAGUAACAGGAUUUUCGACUUGGCUUGCCUAUUACAGUCUCAAUACAUACAAAAAGACCAGAAUAAAUAUAAAUUUACCAUUAAUUUUGCCAAACCAUUUGAUAAUUGAGCGAGAUAAUGAAAUAGCAAGCGUCUUUGGAUGCAUUGCAGAUGCAAUGUCUAUAGGCAGUAAAGUUAAAUGUGUAGCAAUAUGUGGACCAAGCGGUUCUGGAAAGAGUUUAGUCUCAAAGUCAGUGACAGAGAGACUUAUGCAUGAAAUUGACUGGAACCCAAUAGGCCUUCCAAAGUCACACAUAAGUGUGUUUUUAAAUGGUGCAAAUUUGAGGAACUUUUAUCUUUCAUUGCAAGGUUUUGCAGCAAGGAUGAAAAUAAGACCAUCAGAAAUAAAGGAAAAGUUAGAUGCUUCAACAGACCCACAUUGUUAUGUUGCAAAAUGUAAGGCUAUUUUAGAAGUUUUGAAAGAAAAGCUUGAGAAGCAUCCAAACUGGGUUUUUGUUGUUGACAAUCUGCAGCAAGGAACAUCCGAGGAAGUUGCAACAAUUUUAAAAGAUUCAUUUCUAGAUGAAAAUGCAGCAGAGUCCUGGAGUAAAGGAAUAUUGAUAUUGACAUCAGAUGGACUUAAUUUUGAUCACAUCAAAGGGAUUAAACUGUUUAAAAUGGAGCCAAGAUUAUCAGAUGCAGAUGCAACUAAGCUUCUUAAAGACAUCAUAAAAAUCCAAGAUGCUUCAUUUGAAACAUCACCUGCCACAAAAUCAUUGUUAAAAAGGAUAGCCUACCAUCCCAUGACAACAGUCUGUGCUGCUAUUUUGCUCAGAAACAGACUAGAGCAUAAGGAAAUCAAAAGUAUUGAUAGUCUUCUCAGGGAAUUAGUGAUUGACAUUGCACAGCAUGGAGCUCAGGUGAUGAAGGAUAGUCCUGUUGGUCCAAAAGAUGGAGUAGCUGAGUCAUUGAUUAUUGCUGAGACUGUUAUUGCAAUGACUUUAAAAAUGUUGCUUACAAAUCAACCACAUUUAAGUGCUGCAGUUGAUCUUAUAUCAGCUUGCUCACCAAGAACUCCCAUACCAUCUGUGUUUAUUAGUAGAUAUUUCACUCACUCUUCUUUAAACCUACCUCCACUAGAAAAGCCUGUUUCACCACAUGGAAAUUUACAGCAGAUGUUUAAAGCUGGAUCCAGUACUCAAGAUGAAAGUCUAGAUCCGAAAGGGAAAGCCUGGUCAAAUAAAAGUAUUGCGGAGUAUGUAACAAGCGUUGAAGAAUGGUUCUCUGAAAUAUGGCAAGCUUUAAAAGAAGUAUAUAACUUCUAUUAUGGCAAGGUCCCUGAGCCAGAAGUUGAUAACAGUAUCAAAAUUCUGCAUGACUGUGAGCUUCUGUUGUCUUCAAAGUUGCAGCCAGGAGAAGUCGAAUCCUAUGCUAUGCAUCCACUGAUAUAUGCAGUUGCUAGACAACAUUUCCUGUCAACAUCCGUACCUCAAGUUGAAGCCUCUUUUCUACAGGAAGACGAAGAGAGGUUCAAUAAACAGCCUUGGUUUAAGAAGAUGUCUAAAUAUGAUCCAAAGACAAGUUUGUUCCAGUAUAGAAACGGGAUGUCAAAAGAAGAGGUAGAUUCAGCACAGGCAGUUCAACUUGCCCAGCUGUAUAACAAUGCUUUGAUUGAUGUUAGCAGUGCUCUUAAAGAACCCAGUUUACAGUUUGAUGACACAGAUUUUCGGUUUUUAAACGCUGAAAGCAAAGUAAAGCAUUUACAGUGUCAUUUGAACAGGAUAAUUGGAUCUCUCAGUGAAGAAGUAAGAGUGUCAAAACAAACAAUUUCAGGCAAAACAGCUACGAAAUAUCUAAGCAUACACUCAGAUUACCUGCGGGAAAAUCACCCUCAAGAAACAUUCGGAACUGCUGCAAUGAUCAAUGGUAUGUUAACAGCGGCAAAAAUCAAGUCAAAUUUUGAAAACAAUUUAGACAGUGCCAUUGUGGACGUAGAACAAGCUCUACAGCUAAUAAGAACUAGCGAUCCUGAAAAUUCGCUAGAAAGAGCUAGUAUUCUUUGCCAGCUUGCGGCCAUGUACAAUUCAAGAGAGGACCACGAAAAUGCGAAGAAUACUUUAGAAGAAGCUAUAGAAAUCUACGAAUCUCAAAGAAGGAAAGAUGGCGAGUAUAAGCGACCAUUGGAGUUAGGAAAGGCUCUUGGAGCUCUGGGUGUCAUCAAGGGGACGCUAGGGGACAGGGUGAAGAGCAAAGAGCUAAUCGAAAGAGGCUUGAUGUUGCUGCAAACUGGUGCACCAGACCUAGCUGACGAAGCUCAGAGUAAGCAUUUUGGCGGUGAAUUUGCAAGCUCAUUGACUGACUUAGGCCAUGCUUAUGUCUCCCUGGGCAUGCCUUUGUAUGGUAAAAAGAUUCUUGGUUUGUCGUUGAUGGCACACAAAAACAUUCAUGGUGAAAAACACCCCGAGGUUAUUAGGACGUUAACCGUGUUGAGUGUUGCGCAUUUGAUGCAGGGCCAUAACGAGGAGAGCAAAAAGCUUCGAAAGGAGGCUGGAAAAUUGCAAGCUCAGCUAAAUGCACUUCCAAUCUAUUAAGUUUUUUUUGACAAGAAAGCUCAUGUUAGAGUGGCUAAAUGAUUUCUAAAUGAAUGGUAGUCAUUCAAGAUCACAAAGAAAAACCAAAUAUACCAGUUGACUAGGAACUGUUUUUGUACAACUUUCAAUUCAAAAUCAUCUUAUCAGAACUGUUUAUGUAUACUUAAAAAACAA